UAAAUAUUUUAUAACAUAUUUUCUUUCUUUCUUUCUUUCUUUAAACUUUAUCUUUAAUAUGUUGGAAUUCAUCAUGUACCGUAGCAAAGAAGGGGUUACCUAUUAUUGGUGCACCGAUGCGUCUUUUUAGUUCUUCAAAGAAGGGUAAGUGUGCAUACUUUUUUGCUCGCACUUAUUUUAAUGAAGCUGUGCAUCCAUAAAUAUCCUGCCAGAUUUCAUUGUACAACGAACUGGAUGUAGCGUGUUGAAGUUGCAACUCUACAGAUAUCACAGUGCCAUCAACGUGGGUCACUAAUGUUCCAGGUAAUAAAAUGUUUAAGGUUGCCAAAUAAAAGCAGAGCGGAAAUCUCAGGACAAAUCUGAACUAUUUUAAAGUAAAAAGGAUAGAUAGAUAGAUAGAUAGAUAGAUAGAUAAAUUGAUAGAUAGAUAGAUAGAUAGAUAGAUAGAUAGAUAGAUAGAUUACAGUGUAAGAGUGUGAUAUGGUAGUGCAGUGGUGUGAAAACAUUGUAGAUAUAAACAGCAGACUUGAGUUUAAUUAAAGUGGCAGUGCAGUGCAAACAUUGUCAACAGUGUAAAUAUUGUAACCAGCAAUAAAAUGACUAGGGAUAUAUAGUAUUGUAUAGAGUGAAUAUGUGAAAAGUAAAGAAAAGGGAAAAUUAAUAGAAGUAAAGUGGCAGUGCGUAUGGAUAUGAAUAGUGGAUGGUGGUAAAGUUCAACUAUAAGACUGGCUCAGUGCAAAAUAGUGUCCCAAUACAGUGAUGAGGUGUUGUACAGGACCAGGAGUGAGGAAAAGCAUUAAGCCAGUACUGUAAAGUCUUUAAAGAAGAAUCUGAAAAUUCAGGUUAUUUUUACAUCUAGCUAAAAUAACUGCUAAGCCUAAACUCUUCCGGUUGUUAAUGGAUGUAAAAUGUUUACACACCCCUAUUAAAAUGGCAGGUCUUGUGAUGUAAAAAAAAUAAACCAAGAUAAAUCAUGUCAAAACUUUUUCAAUAACCAACAAUAACCUGGCUGCAUACAGUAAGUGUGCACAUGCUUUUAUAACUGGGGAUGUGGCUGUGUUCAGAAUGAACCAAUCACAUUCAAUCUCAUGUUCAAAAGUAAUUAUCAUACAGCUGUCAUCAAUGAAAUUAUUCUGAUUAACCCCAAAUAAAGACCAGCUGUUUCUGCAAGCUUUGCUUGACAUCUCCUUGGUUUCAUCUGUCUGCUGAAGCGAUGGUCUGCAAAGAGUUUACAAAACAUGUACGGUAUCUCACUUGAUGAAAGGUAUCGAUCAGGAGAAGGGUAUAAAAGAAUUUCUAAAACAUUAGAUAUACCAUGGAACACUGUGAAGGCCAUCAUUAACAAGUGGAGAAAAUGGGGUACCACAGUGAUAUUACCAAGAACAGGAUGUCCCUCUAAAAUUUAUAAAAGGACAAGACAAAAUCUUACCAGAGAGGCUGCCAAAAGACCUAUGGCAACAUUAAAGGAGCUGCAGGAAUAUCUGAAAAAGUACUGAAAACUCUUUGCAUGUGAUAACAAUCUCUUGUAUUCUUCACAUGUCUGGGCUAUGGGGUAUGGUGGCUAGACAGAAGCCUUUUCUCACAAAAAAACAUCCCAGCCCAACUAAAUCACCCCAAACCAUGUGGCAAAAAACUCUAAAAGGUAUAAUAAUUCCAUAAGGUAUGUUUGGUGCAAAAAAAGUACCAAAAGCACGCCAUACCCACAGUGAAGCAUGGUGGUGGCAGCAUCAUGCUUUAGGGCUGCCUUCAGUCUCCUCUUCAGGAGGUGAAAUGCAUGCUCAAUUGCACUUUUUUCCCUGAUGAAGUUCUUUGUUUUGUUGGCAGCGUUUUUAGAUAAUUAUCUUGCUACAUGAUGAAGUUCCUCCCAAUUAGUUUGGAUGCAUUUCUCUGUCAAUUGGUAGACAGAAUGUUUCUGUAGACUUCUGAACUCAUUCUGCUGCUACCAUCAUGAGUUCCCUCAUCAAUGAAGAUUAUUCAGCCCGUUCCAGAAGCAGCCAUGCAAGCCCAAACCAUGACACUACCUCCAGCUCGUAUGUUUUGGAUCAUGAGCGGAUCCUUUCUUUCUCCACACUUUGGCCUUUCCAUCACUUUGGUAGAGGUUAAUCUUGGUUCCAGAGCUUUUGUAGCUCAUCUCUGUAUUUCUUUACGAAUUCCAAUCUGGUCUUCUGAGAUGAGCUUUAGCCACAGUUUUUUUUUUUUUUUUGACAAAUCACAUUCCUCUUGUGUUCAGAACUGCACCUCAUGUCCAGAGCAGAUGGAUAUCUAAACUUUUUUCCUUCUGUUUAUUUAAAAUAGGUGUGUCUAAAAGGAGAUGUUGGUUUAGUUCCCGCAAUUAAUUGAACAUUAUACUUUCUAAAUACUUUUUGAACAUGAGACUAAUAUCUUAUUUUUUCUGUUACUGUAGUGUAUUUAAAAAAACAACUAGCUUUUCCAUGGUAAAAAUGUUCAGAACCACUGAACUUUCCAAAUAUAUGCAUUUUAAGAAUUAUUUUCCAUUUUUAAAAUCUAAAAAUUAUUAACAUAUUUCUUAACAUAUUAAUUCUUCUUUUUUUUCUAUAUCUGAUCUUCAACAACAUUUGUGUAAAUUGUCGUAUAGCAGCACCAAUUUUGAUGCCUGAAUAUGCUUCAGCUGAAGCUAGUGAGUCUAUGGAAGUAUUGGGAACAUCAGCACAAAAUUAUUUUGAUAACAAAACGUCUAAGUCUCCAAAGGACCCGUUGUUGCAGCUCAUCUCCCUCCAGAAGGCUUCAGGUUGCUGGGAAAUGGAGUCUGCUCUUGCAGAGGUGUUUGGGAAGAAAGAAAAAGAGCUGAUCAAGAAGAUUCCUGCACAGGUGAAGCCAGAUGUCUGGGCUACACUUCUGGCGCUGAUUUGGUUACAUGGCUUUAAGAUUGAUGCACAGGUUGAGUGGCAGUUUUUGGCCAUGAAAGCAGUGGCAUGGAUCCGCACUCAGAAAGUGGUAGACCAGUCAGAGUGUGUACGAGUAGGUAACGCUCUACUGGGCUGUCAGGUUAAAGAAGAUGCUCUUGGGAUCUGAAGACUUUACCCUCUUACAGCAUCUACACAAAAGCCUUGGCAUCAUUUCUCUUUCCUGCAUUUUAAAAAAGCUUUACUUUCAUUAGCAUGCUUUUAUAUAUAAGAUAAUGAUGUCAGGGGAAUUACUAGUAUGACCAUAAAACACUGGAAACUUGUUUAUCCUGUAGGGAUAAAGUAAACAAAUACAUAAAAAUCUUUGCACAUAUUUGGUUGUCAUUUGCAAAGAAUUCAGUUAAAAUACAAGAGCAACAUCAUAUUUGUUUGUAAAAUCUUUUCUUUAGUUCAGGUUUUAUUUUAAAAUGCAUUUGAUUGUGUGUACAAGAUCAGUGAGUCACAGGUUUAAUGCAGUUGUUCCGUGCCAAAUAUUAAUGUCCAGAUGUAUAAAGGGUAUUUGAAAUUUGUAAUAGUAGUUAGAAACAACAACAACUAUAGUUGUUUUAGUGGCUAUACUAAUAAUAUUAAUAAACUGUUCAGUAUGUUCAACUUAUAAAUUCAUUUACAGCCACUAAAAUCACAGGUCCUAAAGGAUCAGUUUUUCUCACCCAUCACUCCUCACUGCAGGGGAGAAACUUCAAUAGUGUUGGAUAACAUUAGUGACAUCACUGUUUACAUUGCUGUUGUGGAAUGAUUGGAAUGAUUGUCAUAUUUUGACAAUAGAUAUUAUCAAUCAUUUUGAAUAUUUACUGGUUUCACCUUAUACGGAUUUAGAAGCACUUUGCUUGCACAGCUGACAAAGGACUUUUGUCUGAAAUGUUGUGUUUCUCUAGAAACUUUCACUUGGCUUUUACAAUAUACUUUAUUUUUAUUAUAUCUCUGCUGUUAGUUGGUAAUCAACUUAAUAAAACUCAUCUAUGCA